AUAUCAUCGGAAAGGACACGAAUGUCUCGAUUGGGUCUAAAUCUGGACUUAAGUGACAAUCGGAGUGAAGGCCAGAGCCGUAAGAAACUAUCGAUUGGUUUGGUCGGCAACGGAGGACUGUGUGGAACGCCUCAAGAGAUCGACGUUUCCGUUGCUCUUGAAAAACAGGGUUGGUUUCACGGAUACAUCAGUAGAACAGACGCCGAGAACGUGUUGCGGACGACCCGAGUGGGCAGUUAUCUCGUGAGACACUGUCUCAGCUCUAAACACCACUACUUAGUGUCACUCAAGUGUGUCCGAGGGUUUAUGCACAUCAAGAUUGUGGAACAGAGUGACGGCACCUAUACUUUCGGCACUUCCAGCAUGUCUUUCAACAGUAUCCCACAUAUUGUCAACCAUUACUGCAUUAAUCGGUUGCCAAUUGUGGGCGCAGAACACAUGUCGUUAUUAUAUCCAGUUAUCGAUCAAUUGCUCUAAAACUCAAACCCAACACAUAUAUAGAAACCGAAUAUUUUGAGAUAUAAUUAUAUAAUUCUUAUACAAAAUGACAUUUCAAUAUAGAAUUGACAUAUUUUUUCAUUCAUUCAUUACUCGUCGCAUUGAUUAUAACAUGAAUUUAGCACAGAUAUGGACCCAUAGUCUGGUCCGGCCUUCUCUCAUCUCAACAAGGAAUCGAUCGCAUGUGAUGGUCAUCGAUGGUAGACAUGCCUCCGAUGCCACUCAACGUACAGUAUAUACAGUAUCUAUUAUGUGAUGUCAACCCAAUAAACCUUUAGAUAUGUUAAUACUUUUGAAUAAUCUAAACCCAAUUUAUAGUGAUUUUAGUCAUUAUUUCGGUACAACUAAUGAACUUUCAGUAACUCUUAAUUGAAAUAUCAUUUAAUGUUUAUAACAGAUAAUUACAGUAAUAAUAGAUGACUGAUGUUAGGGCUCUACCGGUAUAUUUAUAUUUUGUUACAUAAAUAGAAUAUAAUAUAGAUCAAUAGUGAUACAGAGUAUUAUUUCUAAUUUAAUUCAAUUCUAUGGAC